AUGGGCGAUUGCAGCACCAGCAGGGUCUCGUUGGGUGACGGACUGCGAGUGGACAUUGGCGCAGAGGUGGAUGCGCUUUUGCCCAUCGCCCUCGAGGAAAGAGAGGUCGCAAAACAAGUUUCGGCAAAGUACCCGCUUGGAACAAAGAUCUCCGUGCAGAUUGAGGACGUCUCCGAAGAUCCGGCCCGAAGAUUCCCCGUGAUUGCAAGCUUCAGCAAGACACCCGCGAUUCGGGCCACGCUCAAGAUCGAGCAGGCCAGGACGGCCUUGCGGCCGCACGACGGGGCGUUUGAGAGUUCACGAGGUGCGGGCCAGGUGCAGCUUGAUGUGCUGGAUGACUGGCAGCCGGAAGGCAAGUUGCCCGUCCACAAGGAGUUGGAAGCCCUCCCUGCCCGACCGCCGCCGGAAGUGGUGCGGAGUCUGGGACGAAACGGGCAGCUGCAGGAAGUGGAGGUGCCAGAGGCGAUGCGAGGCCCGGCCGCGAAGAAGGAUGUCUCGGCAUCGGCGCGGAAGGCCUGGGCCAGCUUCGCCGAGGAGCAGGUGGUGGAGCUGAGGUCGGAGUUGCGCUGCCGCGAUCGCCUUGCAUCAGAUCUCUUGGUCGUCGAGGCAGAUCUGCUGCAGGGACGCCUGCCAUCCAUCCCGAUUGAACUCCUGGGUCUCACAGUUCUGGCAGACGGCAAGAGCUGCCUGCUCCCGAGACCUGAAGGAGAUUGCUUGAAGUUUCAAAGCCUCACCUUCGACGCCGCACAGAAUCUGCACAAUUGGACCGAAGACUGUCGGGAGGGCUGGGCAGCCAAAGCAGCGGAGCCGUCGACGAAGCAGCAGCUGGCGCAGUAUUUUGCUUGUGCAGAUGCUUGGCACGCGCGAAUGGUGCAGGCUGCGGAGGCAGUGGAGAUUCAGAAAUUGGGUUGGGGUCGUGAGGAUGAGGAUGACGGAGACUUGGCAGCUGAAAUGGACCGAAUGAUUGCCAACACGGCAGAGCUGCAAGACCAGGAGUCGAUGGAAGCAGUGUAUCUGCUAAAGGACAUGGACGAGAGCAAGCUGGCAGACCUUGAGGGCGUUGUGAUUCCGGAGCAUUCGCACCUGGAGGUGGACUUCGGCGCGACCGAGCCAACCUGCCUGGCACAUGCGCUUUUGAACCUCAUUGCGGCGGUGGACUUGCCAGACUUCGACAUUGUCCUGAACCAUGGCGACUUGCCAUUGCUGAGGAAGGAGCAUGGGAAGCCACCCUUCUACGGGCCCAUGGACAAAGAGGCCAGGACCCCCGCUCCUCUCUUCAGCAUCUGUGCUUCGGAAGACUUUUGGGAUAUCCUGUUCCCCAACGUGUGUCGGCCGGCACUCGUUAAUAUGUCCGGCAUGUCUGCGAUACCGUGGGAAACAAAGAAGCCAGCGGCGUUCUGGCGUGGCACAGACCGUGGCGCCGUGAAUUGGGCGGUGGAGCUGCAGGACAUGUAUCGCGGCUCUCCCAGGAAGCGCUUCCUGGAUUCAUGGUCGGAGGAUCCGAACUUUGACCUGGCCUUUCUGGAAGACGAUCUGCUUAAUGCAACGGUGGUCAACACUGACCCCAGCUUCGUCCCCCUCGACAAGUGGCCGCGCUGGCGAUACUUGCUGGACCUUCCAGGCAAUGGCUACUCGGGAUCUCUCAAGCAAAAGCUGACGACAACAUCUGCCGUGCUCAUGUUGCAGAAUGUGAAUGUUGCGGGAGCCAAGCCCGUCUACGAGCACUACCAUGGUGGCUUGCAGGAUGGCAUUCAUCUCCUGGUCGUCAGCAUGCACAAUGCCGGGCAGAAGGUGCUGUGGGCACAGCAGCAUGACAGCGUGAUGAAGGACAUGGUUGGGAACGCAAACAGGUACAUGGAGGAUGUGCAGAGGCUGACCCAAUGCUACUUAUGGUUCCUCAUCAAGCGGUUCGCUUCACUCCUGAGGUACAAGCCACAUCGAGACCAAACGACGGCCUUUAGCAGCCGGGCGUCUGUGCGCACCAUGAAGGUGCACCGGCGACCCCUGAGGAAAGAGGCAGCGGCAUUCAAGCAGGAUUGCAAUCUACUUCUGGCAGAGAGCCAGGCGUAG